AUGGCCCGCGAGCAGGAGGACGAGGAGACGGCGGGGACGGCCGCCCUGGCACAACACUGUCCGGGCUCGCCUGGCUGGGCCGGGGCCGGGGCUCGGCGGCCGCCCCUCUGGCUGCUCUGCCUGGUGGCGUGCUGGCUCCUGGGCGCUGUGGCCGACGCAGACUUCUCCAUCCUGGACGAGGCGCAAGUGCUGGCGAGCCAGAUGCGGAGGCUGGCGGCGGAGGAGCUGGGAGUCGUCACCAUGCAGCGAAUAUUCAACUCCUUUGUUUACACUGAGAAAAUCUCCAACGGAGAGAGUGAAGUGCAGCAGCUAGCCAAAAAAAUCCGUGAGAAGUUCAACCGAUACUUGGAUGUGGUCAACCGGAACAAGCAAGUUGUGGAAGCAUCCUAUACGGCUCACCUAACCUCUCCGCUAACUGCAAUCCAAGACUGCUGCACUAUUCCACCUUCCAUGAUGGAGUUUGAUGGAAACUUUAACACUAAUGUGUCUAGAACAAUUAGUUGUGAUCGACUUUCUACCACUGUUAACAGUCGGGCCUUUAAUCCAGGGCGAGACUUAAAUUCAGUUCUUGCAGACAACCUGAAAUCCAACCCUGGAAUUAAGUGGCAGUAUUUCAGCUCAGAAGAAGGAAUUUUCACUGUUUUUCCAGCACACAAGUUCCGGUGUAAGAGCAGCUAUGAGCAUCGUAGCAGACCCAUCUACGUUUCCACUGUCCGGCCACAGUCAAAGCAUAUUGUAGUGAUUCUGGACCACGGGGCUUCUGUGACCGACACCCAGCUUCAAAUCGCCAAGGAUGCCGCUCAGAUUAUCCUCAGUGCCAUCGAUGAACACGACAAGAUCUCGGUGCUGACUGUGGCAGAUACUGUCAGGACAUGCUCCUUAGACCAGUGCUAUAAGACCUUCCUCUCUCCGGCCACCAGUGAGACCAAAAGGAAGAUGUCCACCUUCGUUAGCAGCAUCAAGUCUUCAGACAGCCCCACCCAGCACGCAGUGGGGUUUCAGAAGGCAUUUCAGCUGAUUCGAAGCACCAACAAUAACACCAAAUUCCAAGCCAACACUGACCUGGCCAUCGUUUACCUGUCAGCUGGCAUCACAUCAAAGGACUCUUCAGAAGAAGAUAAAAAGGCAACUCUCCGUGUCAUCAAUGAAGAAAAUAGCUUUCUCAACAACUCUGUAAUGAUUCUCACCUACGCCCUCAUGAAUGAUGGGGUGACUGGUUUGAAAGAGUUGGCUUUCCUGAGGGAUCUGGCUGAACAGAACUCUGGCAAGUAUGGUGUGCCUGACCGGACAGCCCUGCCUGUGAUCAAGGGCAGUAUGAUGGUGCUGAACCAGCUCAGCAACCUGGAGACCACAGUUGGCAGGUUCUACACCAACCUGCCCAACCGCAUGAUUGAUGAGGCUGUCUUUAGCCUCCCCUUCUCUGAUGAGAUGGGGGAUGGUUUGAUCAUGACUGUGAGUAAACCCUGUUAUUUUGGAAACCUGCUUCUGGGAAUCGUGGGUGUGGAUGUGAAUCUGGCUUACAUUCUCGAAGAUGUGACCUAUUACCAAGACUCUUUGGCUUCCUAUACUUUCCUCAUAGAUGACAAAGGCUAUACACUUAUGCAUCCGUCUCUUACCAGGCCAUAUUUGCUCUCUGAGCCUCCCCUUCAUACUGAUAUUAUACAUUAUGAAAACAUUCCAAAAUUUGAAUUGGUUCGGCAGAACAUCCUAAGCCUCCCUCUGGGCAGCCAGAUUAUCACAGUGCCUGUGAACUCGUCCCUGUCCUGGCACAUAAACAAGCUGAGAGAAACUGGGAAGGAGGCCUACAACGUUAGCUAUGCCUGGAAGAUGGUACAGGACACCUCCUUUAUCCUGUGUAUCGUGGUGAUACAGCCAGAAAUACCUGUCAGACAGCUGAAAAACCUCAACACCGUCCCCAGCAGCAAGCUGCUAUACCAUCGGCUGGAUCUCCUGGGCCAGCCCAGUGCUUGCCUACACUUCAAACAACUUGCAACCCUAGAGAGCCCAACUGUCAUGCUGGCUGCCGGCAGCUUCUCUUCCCCCUACGAGCACCUUAGCCAGCCUGAGACAAAGCGCAUGGUGGAGCAUUACACAGCCUAUCUCAGCGACAACACCCGCCUCAUUGCCAACCCAGGCCUCAAAUUCUCUGUCAGAAAUGAAGUAAUGGCUACCAGCCACGUCACAGAUGAAUGGAUGACACAAAUGGAAAUGAGUAGCCUGAACACUUACAUUGUCCGCCGUUACAUAGCAACGCCCAAUGGUGUCCUCAGAAUUUAUCCUGGUUCCCUCAUGGACAAAGCAUUUGAUCCCACUAGGAGACAAUGGUAUCUCCAUGCAGUGGCUAAUCCAGGGUUGAUUUCUCUGACUGGUCCUUACUUAGAUGUCGGAGGUGCUGGCUAUGUUGUGACCAUCAGUCAUACAAUUCAUUCAUCCAGUACACAGAUGUCUUCUGGACACACGGUGGCCGUGAUGGGCAUUGACUUCACGCUGAGAUAUUUCUACAAGGUUCUCAUGGACCUGUUACCAGUUUGCAACCAAGACGGCGGCAAUAAAAUAAGGUGCUUUAUAAUGGAGGACAGGGGUUAUCUGGUGGCACAUCCAACUCUCAUUGACCCCAAGGGACACGCACCUGUGGAACAGCAGCACAUCACUCACAAGGAGCCCCUGGUAGCAAAUGAUAUCUUGAACCACCCCAAUUUUGUAAAGAAAAACCUGUGCAACAGCUUCAGUGACAGAACCGUUCAGAGGUUUUAUAAAUUCAAUACCAGCCUUGUGGGGGAUUUGACGAACCUUGUGCAUGGCAGCCACUGUUCUAAAUACAGACUGGCGAGGAUCCCAGGAACCAAUGCAUUUGUGGGCAUUGUCAACGAGACGUGUGACUCUCUUGCCUUCUGUGCCUGUAGCAUGGUGGACCGACUCUGUCUCAACUGUCAUCGAAUGGAACAGAAUGAAUGUGAAUGUCCUUGUGAGUGCCCCCUAGAGGUCAACGAGUGUACUGGGAAUCUCACCAAUGCAGAGAACCGAAACCCAAGCUGCGAGGUCCACCAGGAGCCAGUGACAUAUAUAGCCAUUGACCCUGGCCUGCAGGAUGCCCUUCACCAGUGUGUCAACAGCAGGUGCAGUCAGAGGAUGGAGAGUGGGGACUGCUUCGGUGUGCUGGACUGUGAGUGGUGCAUGGUGGGCAGCGAUGGAAAGACUCACUUGGACAAAUCCUACUGUGCACCCCAGAAGGAAUGCUUCGGUGGCAUCGUGGGAGCAAAAAGUCCCUAUGUCGAUGACAUGGGAGCAAUAGGUGAUGAGGUGAUCACAUUAAACAUGAUCAAGAGUGCCCCUGUGGGGCCCGUGGCCGGAGGGAUCAUGGGCUGCAUCAUGGUGCUGGUCCUUGCUGUGUAUGCCUACCGUCACCAGAUCCAUCGCCGCAGUCACCAGCACAUGUCUCCUCUUGCUGCCCAAGAGAUGUCAGUGCGUAUGUCCAACCUGGAGAAUGACAGAGAUGAAAGAGACGACGACAGCCACGAAGACAGAGGCAUCAUCAGCAACACACGCUUCAUAGCGGCUGUCAUCGAGCGGCACGCACACAGCCCAGAAAGGAGGCGCCGCUACUGGGGUCGGUCGGGAACAGAGAGCGAUCACGGUUACAGCACCAUGAGCCCCCAGGAGGACAGUGAAAACCCUCCUUGCAACAAUGACCCCUUGUCAGCCGGGGUGGACGUGGGCAACCACGAUGAGGACUUGGACCUGGACGCCCCGCCUCAGACUGCUGCCCUGCUGAGUCACAAGUUCCACCACUACCGCCCACACCACCCCACGCUUCACCACAGCCACCACUUACAGGCGGCCGUGACAGUACACACUGUCGACGCAGAAUGCUAA